GCCGCCGGCCAGGUGAGCGAAAGCCCCGCUUCCGCUCCGCGGUGCAAGCGCUUCCCACGUCCCCUUGGGCUCCCUUCACAUCCUGGGUCUCCUCGAGGGGUUCCCAGGGGCCCGUCUCCUGGUCUCAGGCUAUUCCCGCGCCCCCCAGGAACCCCAGCUCCUCAGUCUCAGAGCCGUUCCCAGUGCCGCCUUCGGUGAUGUCAUCCCUCAACGGAAGCCGCGCCCAGAAGAUGAGGCUGCCUUUGUUUACACAAAAGGGACAGCUGGAGGUGCCGACCCCGUCGGAGAAGGACUGGUCGAAGGAUGACGAAGAGAGUUAUGUCUUCAAGGACCCGCACCAGGAGCUGGAUUCCCUGCCUCAGCCGUAUCGAAUGAUCAACAAGCUGGUGAACCUUCUGUUCGACCGGGCGUGGGAAAUUAUCGAGGAGAGGGACGCGCUGAGGGAGUUGGAGCUCAGCCGGGUCCGGCCCACCGUCUACCCUCCAGUUUUAGAAAGCAAGCUCAGCAAAAGGCCAAGAUGCCUAGCGGUUUCCCAAGACUAUGUGUUUAUUGCAGGACCCAAAGGCUUCUCCAUCUACAGCCUGCACGAUGCUAAACAAAUCUACGUUUACGAGAAAUUUAAGGCCGAGGUCAUGUCCAUCUGGGCCACAGACUUGGGGAAUGAAACGCUGAUGGCUCCUGUGGAUGAAAUGGGGGUCGUUAGACUGUUUUAUCUCUGUAAGGACGGUCUCUUCUUCAUCAAAACCAUCAAUGAAGUGGAUGACACCAACAAGCAAACCAUCUGCCUGAAGAUGGACAUUUCUCACGGAGGGGACUUCGCAGCCUUCCUCCUACAAGGGGCUGGAGAUACUUGGCUGGACGUGUACAAGUUGCCCAAGGAGGCCUGGGUCAAGGAAGUGGAACACCCCCAACUGGCUGUGAACCCAAAGAAAAAAACCAAACAGCUCCAAGCGGAUGGCAGCACCUGUUAUCUGGCAGAGAUUAAGUUGAGUAUUCCAGUCCAGGUCAUGAAGAUCAAGCCACCCAAACCCAUCACAGGCCACCUAUUUAAGAGCCCCCUGGAAGUGUUUGCAAAGAUGGAGGGCUGCUACGGGCUGGGCUCGGGCCAGAACCACAUCAUCAAGGACAGUCAGUGGGAGCAGCACACCGCCGUCUUCAACGCCACCUACAGGAAGUACCUGGACGGGGAGUGGGAGGAGGAGCCGCUCAGUAUGGCCACGUUCCACUUCCUUUUCCACAGCUGCCUAACUGUGAUGCCAGCAGAGGUCAAGAGCCCCCCAGGGGUGGCCAGUGUCCUCGGGGUGCACUGGACGGGCCGGCACAACUUCUUCCUCUAUUCACUCAACCGCAACCUGAAGGACAGAGUUGACCCCGAGGGCGUGUGGCCUUGUGCCGCGCCCAUUGCCUUGUCUCAGCUCAGCGACUGCGGUUCCUACCUGGUGCUGGCCUGCGAGGACGGGGUGCUCACGCUGUGGGACCUGGCCGAAGGACUGCCUCUUGGGGUCAUCGCUCUUCCUGAGGGGUGUUCCUGCCAAAGCAUUCACUUCCUGAAACACUUCUUGGUCCACGAAGGGCGGAACGUGUACCCAGAGGGGCCGGCCAAGUCCCAAACGACCUUUGUGGUGCUGUGCACGGACUCGUCCCUCCACCUGGUGACCGCCAUGGGGACCCAGGGCCCCACUGUCAGCAUGCUGGUGGAGAGGCCCGUCAAGCACCCGGAGGAGGCCCUCUGCGCCGUGGCCCCCGUCCCGGCCUUGGCUGGCAUGGUGCUGACCUUCUGCAGGAACGGCUCCGUGCUCCUGCUGGACGUGGCCCGGCCGCACGUCGUCUGUGCCUUCGCGCCCCCCAGGCCUUACCACCUGGCGGUGCCCUGGAAGCCAGUGUUUGCCGUGUCUUCGCAUCACCCGUUCUUCCUGCUCCGAGGAGACGAUCUGACUGGGGACAGUGACACCCCGAGUUCUGUCUUCUACUUCAAUUUCGACGCCUGCUCACUCCUGGACAACAUGUUAGACAGCUGCUUCAUUCCCCAAGCGGACUUGGACGCCGCGGGCUUCCCCGAGGCGUUGUCCCUGGAGAGGAGAUGCGAGGGCAUCUUCCAGAAGAGGUGCCAGAAGCUGGAGAACAAGGUGAAGGAGAAGGAACACUGGACCCGGCUGCGGAGGUACUCGCUGUUUCUGCAGAGAGAGAGCAUCAGGAAGUGACCGGCCACGGCCGGGCUCCCGGGAGGUGUCGGCAGCAGGCAGCCCGGAGCCCCGAGGUGAAGAGACAAAGGGCCCAGGGGCCUGGACUUGGGGCCUGGGCCCCCGCAGAGCCAGCAGGGGGAGAGGGACUAUUUGGGGGGUUUCAGUCACGAUGCUGAUUGUCAGAGCCCUCGGGUGGGCCGGCCGCUGUGUCACCCAAAUAAACGGCGAUAUUGUUUCAGCUUCCAGGGUG